AUGACGACGAGCGCAUCGGAUCGCUUCUAUCCCAAAAAAUCUCAGUCGGGUCGAUCUCAUUCGGAUUUAAGAUCCGACCCUUGUCAUAAUCGAGCCUCUCUUAACGGCGAUCUCCGCCACCGACGUGAUUCCGACGUCUGUGAUUCCCUCCGACGCGUCCGACAGUUGUGUCACCGUGUCGGAUUCUCUGAACGCAAACCUGUUCUUCGUCAUGAUCAGAGCAAUGCUCAGUGUUCGAGUGAAACUCAAUGCAAGAGCAGUUGGGGAAGUUAUAGUUUCUCUGAGAGUCUCGAAAGGGACAGACUUUGUAACAGAUUACGAGGAAUGUCUUUGUCUAGCAACAGGCUACGUAGCUAUGUUUCAGCUCAUAAUGUACCGGUCUUUCAUCGAAAAAAGCCGCAACUUAAACCGGAAUGCAACAAGAAUCGACAAGCCCUGGACGUUACAAACGGUUUACAUAUGCAGGAAGUUAGCUCAUCUGAGGUAAACACUGAGAGCAGAGAGUGUAUCUUUUGUUUGGAGAGUCUAGCGAAUGGCGAAACGCUUAUACAGUUAAACUGCAACCAUAUUUACCAUUCGGAUUGUCUUGGUCCUUGGCUUGAGAUUCAUGGAGAUUGCCCUUACUGCCGUAGAUUGGUUACUAAUCCACAUGAACGUGAAGAGGAACCUAAACCACUAAUCUUGAAUCGGUCUUUGUCUUGGUUUGAAACACUACUAGUUUUCAUGGGUUUUGCUGUUACAUAUUAA